UUGGUCAACGUGACUUUGAAAUUGAAACACGUCACUACCAAUAGUUGUAAUGAGAGAGUAACAAAAAUCGAUCACUCCCACGGACAGACGUGUAAAUGCUACACGUCUCGGACUGAAUAUUAUUAAUAAUAUAAAAAAAGAUUUAGAUGACGAUGAAGAUGAUGUGAUGUAAAUGUUGAUCUUAGCUGUGGUAAAAAACAAAUAACUAAUUAUUUCUCACGAAGUUUUGUAAAAAAACUCUGCAAAGAUGAUGAACAAAGUGAAAGCCCAGGGCCUCGUGUCCGACUUGAUGCCCAACAUCAAGUUGAUGCAGAUGGCCGGGCAUUUUCUAUUCAACUAUCACGAAGAAAAUGGCGGCAUGUCAAUGCUCCUCCGCAAGAUCUACGCCAGCGUGCACGCGUUCCUCAUCGUGAUCCACUACCUGUGCAUGCUGCUCAACAUGGCGCAGUACUCCGACGACGUCAACGAGCUCACCGCCAACACCAUCACGGUGCUGUUCUUUGCCCACACCGUGAUCAAGCUCUUGUACUUCGCCAUCAAUUCUAAGAGCUUUUACAGAACCCUGGCAGUGUGGAACCAGUCGAACAGCCACCCGCUGUUCACGGAGUCGGACGCGCGCUACCACCAGCUCGCGCUCACCAAGAUGAGGAGGCUCAUGUACUUCAUCUGCGCCGUCACCGUGCUGUCUGUUAUCAGCUGGGUGACCUUGACCUUCUUCGGCGAGUCGGUCCGCUUCAUCCCGGACAAGGAGACCAACGAGACGCUCACGGAGCCCGCCCCCCGCCUGCCGCUGAAGGCCUGGUACCCCUUCGACGCCAUGAGCGGCGGGAUGUACAUUGUCGCUUUCGCUUAUCAGGUAUACUGGCUCCUCUUCGCCAUGGCCAUAGCGAACCUCAUGGACGUGAUGUUCUGCUCGUGGCUGUUGUUCGCGUGCGAGCAGCUGCAGCACCUGAAGGCCAUCAUGAAGCCGCUGAUGGAGCUGAGCGCCUCGCUCGACACCUACCGCCCGAACACUGCCGAGUUGUUCCGCGCUAAUUCUGCAGACAAAGAAAAAGUCCCAGACCCGGUAGACAUGGACAUCCGAGGCAUCUACUCCACGCAGCAUGACUUCGGCAUGACGCUGCGGGGCGCGGGGGGGAGGCUCCAGAACUUCGGGGGGCAGCAGGUCAACAACCCCAACGGCCUCACGCAGAAGCAGGAGAUGCUGGCGCGGUCCGCCAUCAAGUACUGGGUGGAGAGGCAUAAGCACGUGGUCCGAUUAGUUGCAUCUAUCGGAGACACAUACGGCACAGCCUUGCUAUUCCACAUGUUGGUGUCGACUAUCACUUUAACUUUACUGGCGUAUCAGGCAACCAAGAUCGACGGAUUGAAUGUCUACGCUUUCAGCACCAUCGGCUACCUGAGCUACACGCUCGGACAAGUGUUUCAUUUCUGCAUUUUCGGAAACCGACUUAUUGAAGAGAGCUCAUCGGUGAUGGAGGCGGCCUACUCCUGCCAGUGGUACGACGGCUCCGAGGAGGCCAAGACCUUCGUGCAGAUCGUGUGCCAGCAGUGCCAGAAGGCCAUGAGCAUCUCGGGAGCCAAGUUCUUCACCGUGUCUCUGGAUUUGUUCGCUUCGGUACUGGGUGCCGUUGUCACAUACUUCAUGGUGUUGGUGCAACUGAAAUAAUUUAUUACUUCAUCGUUUCUUAAGUUUCCUGAGGUUUUUAUUGUGGAUAAUUUGUAUUGUUAACUAACGAAUUUGUUUAUU